AUGGCAGUAAUAUCGUAUACGUCCGGUGUGGUCGCCGUCGCCACAUUUCCCUUGCGGAUAGCCUGGAAGCCGGUAGCCCUGUUCAUCAACUCUAUGCUCUUAAUGCUGUCACCCCUUAUCCUGAUGGCAUCUUACAUUAUCGGAUGGGGCCAAGCGAUCAUUGACUUCAUAGCUAGCCUUCAGCCUCUUUACACUUUUUUGGCUUGCGGUGCCUGUAUCGGCAUUAUGGCUGGCAUAACUUUGUCGUGUACAUCCAAUAUAAUCACCAGUGCUUUGGGCAUGCACGACAAGGGUUACCACGCUAUUGCUCCAAUGUCUGCCCCCUCAACCCCCUCAUCAGAGCGGCCGGGAACGGGCAAGACUGAGGAUUCCUCAUCGUACGAGACAGAUUGGCAGCUGCUGAACAAGCCGCCCACAAAGCGACGUAGGAAUAGGCCCGGUCUCUGGUCCCAAACCAUUCAUGAGGAAGACGAUGAUGACUCCGAAAUUUGA